CCGUCCAGAGGAUUUUCGCAAAACUGCAUUACGGUUUUACGCCUUCUUCGCAUUUCAUCAUUAUUUUCCCAUCGAUACAUUCAGCCAGUUUUAUUUAAAUCGAAUCUGAUCCCGGUGUCGCCGUUUUUUCACCAUUUUCACCGUAUUAUUCGCGUCAACGAAGGAGGUUCCUCCUACUCGCGGCCCAUGUCCCAUCUGACAAUUCGAUCGGAGCAGCUGAUUCGAAAGGUGUUUACCAGAGACGGCGUCGACGACGGAGCUCGCUUAUCUUUUGAAUGAGAGCUACGAAGAAACGAGCGAGCCUGCCGUAACGAGUAUCGACAAGUUGAUUCCGUACAACAUUUCGCAUUGUCGAGGAUACCGCGAGUGUUUCGCCCGCGGACACGUGCGCAGUGUUGCUCUUAGUUUUCGUUUUUUCAAUAGAGCAAAGUCAGUUUAUAGGUCGUGGGAAAAGUUGGCGAGUUUUUUCAAUCUAAGAGUAUAUUUAAAAGUGGAGCAGAGUCCACCGGACGCAUGGGAAUAUUGGUCUCGUUUUCGUUGCUACGAAUUCUUCGAAUGAAUAUUCCUGCAGCCUAGAUCUCGUUUACACUCAAGUUCUUAUAUUAAAGUACAGAAAAAGGAAUCUUUCGCACCUUGGCACACACCACGACGCGUCCCACGCUUCAUCGUCGCACACACGCGCGGUCCGAACAGCCAGUGGUAUUUAAAUAGUAACUGCGCUCCUGUUGGGAAGUAAGAGCAAGCGAGAGAUACACACACGCACGGGGCAGCGGUAGCGACGACGUCGGAUCCUCCUCGGGUGUGCAACGUGAUAUCCCGAGCGGGACAGCGGCAGCAGCAGGCGUUGAACGCUCAAGUAGAAAGAGUGGAAACGGCAGUACGUUACCGGGACAUCAAAAGACGAAGAAGACGAGCAAAAAGACGAGAGAAUUUGGUUUAACCUACGCGAAACAGUAUCAGGCGAGGAAUUAUAAAAUUGAAUGAGACGCAGGAGCAAGAGGGAAUGUUAAUGAAAACGGUAGAGAAGAGAGGAGACAACAGGAAAAGAAAAACUAGACAAGAAAGUCUUCAAACACUUCGGUCUCUUUCCCUAUUACACCGGCGCGUUAACGUGCAUCUUUAUGAGUGCGAGCGUGCGUCUACGUACAUGUGAAUACAAGCUUCGAAAACUUAUUAACGGCAGAGCUUUGUCUCGAGUACGCGAAGCAGAGUCACCUUCGAGUCAAUCGAUUAUGCUGAGCCGAUGAGAAUACAGAAUUAAAACGUCACGGUGAAACAAAACUCGUAAAAGAAAAGUUCAGUUUCCCACCUUCCGUUUCCUCGUGCGGUUGCUUGAAAACGUUGCAGAGGUGAAGUGAUAUUAGUGAAAGUGUAGGGUGUGACGAGAGGAGGCGGCUUGCUAGAUCAACUCGGCCGGGUAAACCAGGUUCAUUCGCGAAACUUUUUAUCCCAGCGAAGCGGAGAAAUUAUUUUUUAUCCUCAAUAGUGCACGUGAAUCUAUAUCGUGUAAAUGGGAGAGCAGCAGCGAUUGCGAAACCUGACUUGGAAGAAGUAGAACACUCCACUUCCGGAAGUUCGGCCAGCGACUGAGAAAAAAAAUGUUUUUUUAAAUAUUUCCUCUCAACUGGUUUUCCUCGCUUUUUCUUCGUUUUCUUAACGAGAUAAAGGUGCUGAAAAAAGUGACUCUCAACGCAACACUUGCCAGUCGGUGAAUUCUCAUGAAUUAGUCAGAUAUUUUCUCGCCAGCGUGUAAUUAUUUGGUAAAUAAUCUACUGGAAUUUCAAUAUUUCACUUUUUUCUCCAAUCACAAGAGUAUUUGAGAAUAACGUUUCGUCGACCACGUGGAACGGUCAUCAGAGUGAGGUAAGAAUGAUAACGAUGACGCUGAUCGAUCCUCGGUACGAUUAUCGUGGCGAGUAGUCAGACUCGCCACGUAAGUCGGCAAACCAAGCGGUCGAAAGGCUGUGUAAGUGUAACGAAGAGAGACGUGUGUCGGGACAGGGCCGAUAAUUCGAUUCCAUGUCGUUUUAUUAGGCCGAGAGACUCGAACGAAGUCCUCACCUUUAAAGUGACACGAGACGCGCAGCCCUCGCAGCGCUCUACGGCAGGAUGAAGUGGAUCCUACGGCGCAAGAUGGAGACAAGAGACCCGCGUAUUCGAUUCAACGAACUUGCCACCUUCAGGUGGUGGAAUACUUCUUGAACGAGCAACGAUAUCCAAACGAACAUCAUUUUUUAUGGUUGUCGUACAUGAUGCUUGGACACUGAGCUCAGAUUGAAGAGAACGAAAAAUCUGGAUAAAGUUGAAGCCUGGAUACAAAAGCUUGGAAGAGUUCCUGGUAAUAUGCGAGCAUUUAAUGCAACCCUGUUAAAAUCACUAAUCCCAACGAGUUGAUGAUCACAGUGAAAUCUUGUACAACUCCGAUUGCAUUAGUAUUUGAAAAGUGCUAGCCGAGGUCUUAGCAUUAAGCCUCGAGCCGAACGAAAACCAUAGCCAUCAGGUCGGAUGAUGUGGGCGUCUCUGCUUUUGGCCGGGAUCUUAAGCGGCUGGUGGGGCGCCCUCGCUCUAGCUGUGGCACCCCCAGCCAAUUCGGCAUUGACAGGAGCCAUUGACGGUAGAAUCAGUAGCAGUGAGAUAAGUGACAGCGGUACCAUUAACGGUGGUAUUUCAAUCGACGAACAGGCUCAACGCUCGACGACGACGAUGACAAUGCUGAUGAUGAUGACGAAAAAUUCACGAUCAAUCAUCAAUAGAAACAGCGUGCAGGAUGUUCACGCUUUAACGAACGUAAAUUCCCAUGGAACGGUGGAUUUUCGAGAUAAAUGGAAUAACCAGCAGCCAAAGUAUACCGAAAGCGAUGGAGAAACCCGUUGGAAAAACGUUAUCCAGCCGGUUGGAAUCGACACUACGAAAAUAACGAACGAUCAUUCUCCCAUGGGUCACGACAAAUCGGUAGGAAGAAGGAAAGAGAGUGUCAAUGGACUUGGUACCACGACAAUGACUCCGCUGCUGGGGACAUUCGUCAGCUAUCAAGUGACACCACACAGCUUUCACCAGAAAGAUCGAAGCUCUUCGGAACAACGGGAAUCAAAGACAUUAGAAUCGAUAUCCAAAAUUGACGACUCUCAUGACUCGGCCUCGGAUAAUGGCUACGUUCAUUUUGAGGAUCUUGGUGAGUUACAAGACUACUCUUUGGAUGAUGAGCAAUGGUCACGAGAUCCUCGCAACCUAGAAUCUUCGAGUAGCGUCGAAGGAUCUAUAUAUCCAGCGUUAGACGUUGCAACGCGUUUUCCACGUUAUACGUCGUCAUCAACAGGAUCAACGACAGUUUUGUGGGCCGAAGCAUUUGGAACUGUUCUCGAUAGCUCUGCGCAGCGUCCACGGAUUUCGAGAUCUACGAAACAACAACGUGCCAAGAAUCGCACGAGGUCGGAAUCCGCCCGUGAGCAGCGUCGGAAAUGUCGUAACAAGGGUUGCCGCGGUAGAAACUGGUGUCCCGACAUGGAUAUCGGUAACAGGGCGUUCCUUGCACCUACAGUCUUUGAAGGUAAAGCGAGAAGCAUGUCCUCGUUGAGGAAACCGGGCUCUAAUUACGCAGUGACUUUCGAGGUCAAGCAGGUGUACAAGAGCCAGUCAGGCUUCCAGCCCCUGCAGAAAAACGACAGUGUGAGACUACACUUUCGUGACAAGGCCGCGCCCGGUAAGUCAACGUUGUGCAACAACGUAUCGAACGGCAAUUCUAGACAGCCACAACUAGACAACGCAAGUGGAGUGGUGCGAGCUAAUAUUAAACGGGGUAAAGUUUAUUUAGUGUUUGUGAACCGCGUUGGAUCCAGAAAUUUUACAAUCCUUGGUGAACCUGUCAUCAGGAGCAAGAAAAAUGAACAAGCGGUUCAAGCCGUCAUUCGACCUGACUAUGUGCGAGAAGUAACUCUGUCCGAGCUCAGGGACUCCGUAGCGAGGUUACGUGACAGAGUUAAGCUGGUGUGCAGAACGAGGGGUUCACCACCCCCACAAGUGCAUUGGCUCAAGGACGGUGUACCCCUGCAUCCCCGCAGAGGCCUGAGAAUUCAACAUAAACGGCGAAGAUCGAAAGUAGUGAUUUCGUCCGCGAGGCAAGAGGACAGUGGACGGUACGAGUGCAUCGCCGAAAGCACUUCCGGGCAUCGUGCUUCCCUCGCCGCCCAACUUCUAGUCGCUCACGAUACGAGAAAUCAAGAUACGACGACAGCGGCGUGGCCACGACAGGAGCAGCCCUGCCCGAUCGCAGGGGACUUCUGUAUGAAUGGUGGAACCUGCUUGUUCUUCGAGACAGUCGGUGAACCAGCUUGCAGAUGCGCCGAAGGUUUCACGGGUUUGCGCUGUGAGACGAAGGACGUGAUCAGCACCGGAAGUGUGUACAAUCGUCAUAGGGCACCAUUUUCGUGCAAACUUGGACUCUCAACCUCGUACUACUGCUAGCGAUAGUAAAAAGGGACCCAAUAAGUAUCGACUAUGUACUUGUGGCGUUCCCACGUUAUUUCAAUCGCGGUUUUGCCAAUUCAACCUUUCCGAUUUUCGCGUGCAUAUUUGCGAAGAAUUAUAGGAAAUGAGAAACCGCGCGUAGGCAUUCGGUCUCGCGAAGCUAGGAGCACCGGGAGAGAGUUUAAAAAAGCUCUGGAUCCGGUGAUAUCGCGAUACGAAUAAUGAAAUUCGGUAUCGUGGCGAACGAAGUGAGGGGUUUCGGAGCGCGAGCGAUUACGGGCAUUAUCUAUGGCGUUGUAGAGGAACAAAAAAAACACCGAAGAACCAAUGAACUCCAGACGAGAAUAGAUGUCGACGAGUAUAUCAUAGGAAAUGCAUCAACGUCGCGUUAAUUCGCAAGUAUAUUAGAGAGAAGUAAAAAACGUUACGAAAAUUGACGUUAACUUCGUACAUACGCGCAUGUACGAAUGUGUAUAUAAGUAUACCUGUGUACUACCAAAAAAGAUAAAACUAAAAUAGAAAACCGAGUCAACGUCAAACAUGACGGAGUUUUGUAGGGCAUUAGAGAGUGACGGCUGCACGAUAGGGCGGCAGCGUCGUCUGAUUCAACGUUACAAAUAUAACGCGGGUGUCGGGACAAAAUGAUCGAUCAUCAAUUUCACCAAUUCAUUUUAUUUUACUUUUUUUUUUUUCUCUUUUUUUACAGUCGAUAUCAUUUCUUCCCCAAAUAAAGUGACUGAUAGUCACCGACGUUUGCGAUCUUCUGCAAACGCAUUGUAUAUUGAUAUAUAGUUGAUACCGGUUGUUUGGAAGCGUCUAUGCCAUGGCUCAUUUGCCCGUAGCGUAUAGCGUUGAAAACGAUUUUGAGCGAGCGUGAGUUUAUUGUAGUAUAAAAAUGCCUGGCGAGGGCGGGCAAAGGGAGAAGAGGGGGGUGAAAAAAGGGAAGGAAAGUAGGACGGCGGUCGCGAUUGCGAGACAAUUGGAGAACGAGUCAAGCAUAAAUUUUAGUUUUACAUGUGUAUAUAUUAAAAUAUCGUUCCUUGUUAAAAUGGCAUUAGCGUAUCGCCAUGUUUUAAUAGAAAUUUCCAAGUUGUUUUUCUACAUCGCGAAGUGUGCGAUAAAUAUAUACUCUUAUGUGAAAAAAAAAGAGGUACUGUUGUGUCAAUCGCCGCAGCCGUCGCCGUCGUUCUCUUCCGUAGGGAAACAUUUAUACCAAAGAGUCCCGGGGUCAUGGUGAAUAUAUAAACGGAGACGAUCGAGAUACAUUACGGCGGGGGAGGAAAAACGACGAGAAUAAGGCGAGAGACAACGCGCGCACGUGUCACUCUUUCUCUGCAAAUUGCGUUAGUCUCUUCGUGUGUGUUGUCUCUGUGAAUGUAUGCAUGUGCGUAUUCGUGUGAGUACUUGUCCGAGAGCGAAAGAGAGAGAGAGAGAGAGAGAGAGAGUUUGUUUCAAAUUCAGUUUCACGAAGGCGCGUCUCUCCCCGCCGUUCGCCAAAGCGCGCCAAAGAGAUUGAUGGAAGACGAGAAAACGAAGAAGAAACGUGGAAAAAAGCACAGAGAGCAGCGGCGGUGGCAAAAGAGCUGGAGAACGAGGGAACGCGAAGGAGACAGAGAAAUAGAAUGAUAGAAAAAGAAGGAGGUAGACAGAGGGAGCGAGAACGAGAAAAAAGACUCUCGUGUGCUAAUACUACGACGACGUUUGUGCUGAAAUAGUUUCGUCCGACGACGACAACGACUACGAACGACGACGGAAAAAUCGGGCGUAUCCCCCGAGCUUGUGCCUCUUCGGUUCCUCGUUAAUCUCGGUGCUUUACGAGAAAAAGAAUUUUCAGAUACCCGCCGACGUUGCCAAAAUAUUUUUACUCUCGUCUCACAGUAUUUCUAACCGAUACGAGACCAAACGAAAAUAAUUAAAAAUAAAAUCGAAUAAAACGAUACUUAAUUGACGCUACGCCGACUGAAUUUCUACGCUCAAGUAUAAAAAACCCGCGAGAAUUGCCGACGACAAAUUAACCGCCUCUCAUUCCUCCAAAUUCUAAUACCUUUCGAGUCCAUUUUCAAACUAAUUUUUGAAACGCGUCAAACUGUGCAACGAAUUCGCACAAAUAAUCGUCUAGAGUUUUCGUUCAUUCCUCGCGGGACGAGCUUUUUUCUGUUAAAUACAUUCGACAAUAUUCGCUCUCCGCACGGUAUUCAAAAUAAUUCAUUCAUUUUCGUGUAAAAUUCACAGCAAAUCGAAAAACUACAAACAAGUAAAAGAAAACGCAUUCAUUGUAAAAAAAAAAAUGUGGAAAAAAACACAGAAGCGAGGAAAAAUAAAUGAAGAUCCGAGAGACAAAAAAUGAGGCUCCGAGGCCUGAAAGAAAGACAAUGAAUAAACUGAUCGAUAAUCGAUAGAAAUGCACGCGCACUAUUUUUUAUGAAGCGAGCAAGAGUUCUUUGCGUACGAACAAAGUGACGGUUUAAAAAAUUGUCCAUUUGUCAAGUUUGUACACAAAACUUGAUGGAACGAAAAGAGCACCAGGCUCGUGUUUCUAAGCGCACUGCGCAAACGAGAAAAAUCUCAAUGGUUUUAGCGGGGAAAACCGAAAGAGAAAGGAAAUUGAAUAUUGUGAAUUGUUUUUUUUUUUUUUCUCGGUGUGAAUGAUUAACGAGAAACGCGAACACACGGAACAUUUUUUGUUUUUUUAUUUUCCGAGUCCGUUGAUGACGAAUACUCGAGGACGCCUAGUCAAUUUUUCGAGUUUCCCUUUUAAUUUUAUUUUAUUUUUGUCAAUCUGAGCCACGUUCGGAGGGGGUGGAGAGAGACCGUAAAAACAUAUAUACGUAUGAUAUGUGUAUAUAGAAAUGCAUGCGGCGAUGAACAUUUAAUUUUUCUAUACCUGCAAAACCUUUAUCACAGCGAGUGAGCGAGUUAAAAGCUCGUUUUUGAGCAUUGGUGAUCACGGAACCGGAGGAACGUGGAAACGAAAAAAUCAGGCAUUAUUCGAGAGGGAGACUUCACGCUCGAAAAACGGAAAUAACGGAAUAUCGAUUUGGAAAAACAAGGAGAAAAAACAAUAAACGUAUCGAAACUUUUGAAUGAGCUAUGGAAAGUUUGUUAUUCCAAGUCCCGCAGUCGCUUUGUGCAAAAAAAAGAAAGAAAAAUAUCAGCCCACCGUUAUCGCGGAUUUACAUGCAAAUACAUUUUCAUUCUAAUCGUCAGGGCAUCCGCUAGCUCCUUUUGAAUUUUCGAUACAUUUUUUUCCUCCCUGAUUUAAGAAGGGACGUGAAGCAUCCCUCCGAAUGGCCCAUUACUAAAGAAAUUCCUUGUUAGAAAAGGGAGCUUAAUAUUUUCUUCAUGGGAAUGAAGGAGGGGAGAACAAGCUCAGCCGUGGAUUGUAGGUAUGUGUUAGGCAACGUAGCGUUUAUAGACGCGCGGCAGGAUAUACCGAGGCCUUCGAGCGGUGUGGAUUCGACUCGCGAGUUUUCCAACAAGCCAGAAUCUGGGCCGAGAUUCGCGCAGUGACGAAGCACCGAGCGAAACGUCAGAGCGAGUAGUAGGGAUUUUGAAAAACCCGCGAGACGAGUGAUUCGAUAAUACGAAGAAAAAAUAUAGUAAAAAAAGUACAGAUUUUAAGCGCGUUAUAAACGCGCUCCGUUCUCCGCGCACACGCCACAAUCUCGGGACCCUAUUUAUGUUUUAUAUUAUAUUCUAUAUAUUAUGUAUGUAUAUAGAUAUAUAUAUAAUAAUCAUAUAUACAUAUGAAUAUAUAGAUGUGUAUAAAAAAUU